GAUAGGCUUGUUGAAACUGCCCACCCAUUGCAAAAUACUGAGUACAUUAAUUCACAUUAUGGCACCUUUUUCUCACUGAGGAUGUUACUUUUCACUGAAACAUUAUAUUUUAAGUCUAACCAAAUGUAAUUAUCUUGUGUGUUCAUGGUACUAUAGAUAUUGGUUAUUGUUUACACAUGCUAUACAAAAAAAAAAAAAAAAAAAACAACAAAAAAAACCUUUCCAGGGCAAGCAUCUUGAAUAAAUUGCAGGAGUAAAGAGAAAUCAGUAUAGGCUGAUGAGAGAAGAGAAGAACAAGCAGCAAGAUAGUACAUACUUUGCAGGUUAAUUUUCCAGCAUGAAAAUUUUAGGGUAUCUGAGCUGUCUUGUUAAAUCCAUGUUUCUUGUAAGCCACCUCUUAAAAAGAGGCCCUAGUAAAUGGUUCUGUGCUGUGAAAUGCACGUGCCUGGUCAGCCAGCAAAGGCAGCUUGUGUUCUAGCCCAGCCAUGGUGGCAUGGGGGCAGUGUCUCUCCCUCCCUCUCUGUAUCUCCAGGUCAUAAUUCCAGUGGCUGAGGAAAAAAGACUGAAUGUUUUUUUGGAACAGAGAGCAUAAUGUCACAGGACUAUGGAUGCUGUUGGUGUUUGGAAGUGCUUUAGCCUUGGAACGUGGGUAGUCUCGGUUAGUGUUCCAUUUGAUCUCAUGUACCUUAUUUCAGGAACGAGCUGACUCUGAGUUUAUUGACUUGGCUAUAGGAUAACAGAAUGAUUUAAAGUGAAAUGUAAGCUUCAGUUAUCUGAAGAGUACACGAUACUGAAAUAUAUUACUUGAAUUAUAUUCAACCUCUUUUUGCAGUGGUCCUAUGAACAACAUAUAGAAUGAAAAUCUCCAGGAAGCAAAUGUGCCAUACUUUGGGGAUAUUCUUUGGUCUGUAUGAAGGUUUAAUAAGGUGUGAUGAUCAAUUAACUGUCUUCCAGUAGUACUGGAAGUUGUUCAUUUCAGAAAUAAAACACUAAAUUCCAAGAAUCAAAGUUUCCAAGCAACCAAGCCCUGCAAACAAAACUAUUGUACGUGGUAUUUACAUCUUUGUUGCCUGGGAAUCCUGUCGCUGCUCUACAGCUCACCUCAAACGCUUGCUAAAAGCACUGAACAGUGCUUACAGUUUAGGAAGGAUAAAGUCACAAACACGUAGAUCAGGGUGUUAUAAUUUUUGACAGUUGAGAGGACGAUGAGUAAUCGAGAGUUGGUCGUUCUGAGUGUGGGAGGGGUGAGAUUUGUAACCCGGGCUUCUACUUUGCAGCAGUUCCCUGAGUCCAGGUUAGCACGGAUGUUGAAUGAUGAAGACUGUGAAUUCAGACAGCUGAAUGGGGAGUUUUUUGUGGACAGAGAUGGAAAUUUGUUUAGUUACAUCUUGGACUUCUUGAGGACUCUUCAGGUCUCUUUACCCACUGAUUUUUCAGACUAUCAGAGGCUGCAAAGAGAAGCAGAAUUCUAUGGGCUCUGCUCUUUGGCUGAGCUCCUGAGCCAAGAGCACUUGCUGAAGCCCAGGCUGGAGAUCUUGGAAGUGCGUUUUUUUCUGCAGGAAAUGCAAGCCUUUUUCCGGAUCUUUGGUUCCUGCAGUAGCACUGUGGAAGCUCUUGCUGAACAGAUCACUGUGUUUACAGGCCAGCAGACAGGACAGAGCUGGAAUAGCCCUUUUCCUUCGCAGAAGCCACUCAUUCCACUUCCUUUGGAAAGACCUUCUCAUCACGAUAUGGUUUUUCAGUGUGGUACUGAUUACUCUGCUGGUGACCAGUUUGUGGCCAGGUAUGUUUCCAUAAAGCCUGAUAAUAGAAAGCUGAUUAAUGGUACUAAUGUGCUAGGCCUCCUGGUUGACACUUUACUAAAAGAUGGAUUCCGCCUUCUAAGCACCAGAACAGUCUCCAGUGAAGAAAAAGUUGAAUGCUACAGUUUUGAAAGGAUGAGGAGGCCGGCAGGCCUUACCAUCACUGUGAACCAAAGCCCGGGGAGCUCUGGAAUAGCCCCGGCAAAGGGGAGUCACACACAUAAAGCGAAAUAAAGCUUCUUCCUUUAAUCUUUUUAAGGUGAAGAGGGGUGUGCCAACACUACUAACCUAUUUUGGGGGAGUUUGAAACUGCAAUUAUGGAGGGAAAUAACAAACUAUUUUUUGUGUGUUCAGGAAAAAAAAAAAAAGAAGAAAAAAAAAAGCCCUUCUGCUUUCCUGCCUUUUGCUGCUCCACCCUCUUCAAUUCUAAACAGAAGAGCCACAGAUUCAAUAUUGUGUUUGUGGACCGGAUUCCGGUAUUUGAAGGGUUGUUUUUAUUUUUCUCUAUGGCUAAAAUUUAUAUUAAGACUGUCAAAA